UGCGUCCUUUGCUCGACACGAGUUUAGCACUGGAGCUUCCGUGGAGCGACCUUGCGUCUCACCGCGGCUGCGUAGAGACCGCGGCGGUCGCCGAGCACACCAAAGAGGAUUUUCGUAUUCCGCCAGGGGUUCGGUGCACCUGCUAAAGAUAGGAUCCGACUUCCUAAGGGAGGAAAGUGCGGGGUCGAUAGAGUUCAUUUGAAGGCUGAAAUGGACAUGUGACACCGAGACUAAAUUCAAUAUUCAAUUGCGAUGUAGACUGUAUAAAGAGACCGCCCUUGGGAGCGACUUGUCCCUCCCACUCUCACUGUCCAAACGUUACUGCAUUCCACAUCAUGUCUGAUAGGAUCAAGCACUCUCAGCCCAUCUCUAUUCCCAACAGCGGUGUCCACCACCACUCUCGCGCCAGAUCUGCGUCCUACUCCGGCUCCUCUGAUGACGACUCCAACUCUCCGCCGCUUCAGACUCCCACUUCCGCUGUUCCACCUCCGCGAGUUGGCACCGCUCAGUCUCCAUCCACGUCCCCCAUCUUGUCUUAUUUCUUCCAGGCACCAAACAAGGUUGCAUCUGUCAUCCCUCAGAGUCCAACAGCAGGCUUUGGCUCCAUUGGGCGUGGGUUCCCUGCCAAGCCUCAAGAGCAGCCAAUUAUGGAGGAAGACGAAGAGCAUGAAUCAUCCAUUGUUCGCCAUGCCCGACGCAUGAGCACAUCUGCGGGUUGGGCACCUGCGGCACCGCGCUUCAAUGCACCGACCACGGCAGAGCAGGUUGAGAGGGGCGCUGGUCUUCUACGUAGGCUCAGCUUGGGGAGCGCCUUCAUCAGGCCUCAACCUCCCUCGCCUCCCCUGCAACACAGCGUCCCGUCCGUAGCUGCACCUGCGCCAGGAUCUCCUCCCACUAUGAAACAGCCACCAUCACCCGGUCGCAAGAAGAGGCGUGCGUCGACUCUGGCAGUCCCUGGCGAAGCACGGCCACGCCGUUCCCCAAGCCCUAUGGGUGAACGUAUUCUCAAGGGUCACUUCGACGGUUUCAAUUGACCCAAAAGUGUCCUCCCUGCAAAAGUGCGGGUACCUGGAUAUAUGCAUGAUCUGCCCGCUCCAUACCCAUACCAUGCUUCGUUUAAUUAGCGCCGCGAGUCCGUGGUCGCCGUGGACUGUUUCAGUACCCGAGCAAGAGUCAUCACUGCCAACCUUCUACCGUUCAAUUAUAUGCACCUUGAACUUGAUCGUGGGCUUGAAGCCUAAUGAUAAUUCUUCACUGAACUUGCCAUCAGUUCCACUUGCCCAAGCCUUAUUUUGUUUCUUAUAUUUAUUCACUUCGGUAUCUAUUUCCAUUCUCAUAUUUCUUUCCCUCCACUGCCUCCACACCAUGAUCGUCACUUUAUAUCGAUCCGAACUCGCCUCUCGAAAGCGCUGUAUAAGUAUCCUAUUCCAUUGGUCACCACUUUGCCAUAUUUU